GGCCUCGGAUCCGCCUCCAGCCGCUGGCGGGGCCGAAAGGAACAUGGUGGCCGCUUCCUCCCUCGCCAGCAACAGCGACGUUUCGGCUUGCUCGUGAGGCGGCGCCAGGGCGGGCGCCGGAGCGAGCCAGGCCGCGAGGGAGUCUCUGCGCCCGAGGCGACGGACGGGGAGCCCCGCGUCUGGCCAGCGCCGCCGGAAUUCUCCCAGCACAAUUAUGAUAGAGGAUAAAGGCCCAAGGGUGGUGGACUAUUUCGUAGUGGCCGGACUCACAGAUACGUCGACGCUUCUGGACCAAGAAGUAAAUCGCUCUGAAACAAAGUCAGUUGGCCCCAAAGCUCCCAUCACAGAUCUUGCUAUCAUCAUCAAGUCAGCGGGAGAAACCGUUCCCGAGGGAUACACUUGUGUCGAAGCAACCCCCACAGCCCUUCAGGCCAACCUGAACUAUGGGAGUCUUAAAAGCCCGGAGCUCUUUCUGUGCUACAAGAGAAGCAGGGACAAGCCGCCUCUUACGGACAUCGGAGUUUUAUACGAAGGGAAGGAACGCUUGAUCCCGGGCUGUGAGGUGAUCCAGGCUACUCCCUACGGCCGUUGCGCUAAUGUCAACAACAGUUCGGCUUCUUCCCAGCGAAUCUUCAUCACCUUUCGGAGGGCUCCUCCAGUGCGACCCCAAAACUCCUUGGCCGUUACCGACAUCUGUGUCAUUGUAACCAGCAAAGGAGAAACCCCGCCUCAUACGUUCUGCAAAGUCGAUAAGAAUUUAAAUUGUGGCAUGUGGGGUUCCAGUGUUUACCUGUGUUACAAGAAGUCCGUUCCAGCUUCGAACUCCCUUGCCUACAAAGCUGGCUUGAUAUUCAGAUACCCCGAAGAUGACUAUGAGUCAUUCCCCUUAUCAGAAUCUGUACCUCUCUUCUGUCUUCCAAUGGGGGCCACCAUUGAAUGCUGGGACCCUCAAACCAAAUACCCGCUGCCUGUAUUCUCAACAUUUGUUCUGACUGCCUCGAGUGCAGAAAAGGUGUACGGUGCUGCUAUCCAGUUUUACGAGCCUUAUUCGCGAGAGCUGCUGUCGGAAAAGCAGCAUGUGCAGCUGGGCCUCCUGACAGCUGUCGAGAGAAAAGUGGUUACCUCAAAAUCCAUAAAUUCCAACAAGUGCAUCUGCCUUCUGUCACACUGGCCUUUCUUUGAAGCCUUCCGAAAAUUCCUCAUGUUCAUCUAUAAGCUUUCCGUGUCUGGGCCUCAUCCUCUUCCCAUUGAAAAGCACAUAUCCCACUUUAUGCACAACAUACCUUUCCCUUCUCCCCAAAGACCAAGAAUUCUUGUGCAGCUCUCUGCGCAUGAUACGUUAAUACUUUCGCAACCGGUUGCUACGCCCUUGCCACUCAGUGGAGCAAACUUCAGCACUCUGCUAAUGAAUCUUGGACCAGAAAACUGUGCCACUUUACUCCUCUUUGUGCUACUGGAGGGCAAGAUCCUGCUGCACUCCCUUCGACCAGCUGUGCUGACUGGAGUAGCGGAAGCAGUGGCAGCUAUGAUUUUCCCAUUUCAGUGGCAGUGUCCCUACAUCCCCCUCUGUCCUUUGUCUCUGGCAGCGGUGCUCAGUGCUCCUGUCCCGUUUAUAGUUGGAGUUGACUCCCGGUACUUUGAUCUUUAUGACCCUCCACAGGAUGUGGUUUGCAUUGACUUAGAUACAAACAUGGUGUACAUAUCAGAUGAUAAGAAGAGCAUGAACUGGAAGCAGCUUCCUAAGAAGCCAUGCAAAAGCCUUCUCAGCACCUUAAAGAAAUUGCACCCACAACUGGCAUUAGUUCACAGAAAGACCCAAGAAGGCUCUGCGGUGGAGAUGACACCUAUAGAGGCGGACUUCUCGUGGCACAAAAAGAACACGCAAUUCGAAACGGAGAUUCAGGAAGCCUUUCUACGUUUCAUGGCAUCUAUUUUAAAAGGGUACAGAACGUUUCUUAAACCGAUCACCCAGGCACCUUCAAAUAAAGCUACCGCCACAGAUUCCUUGUUUGACAAUCAAGGGUUUUUAAAAAGUAGGGACCGUGCCUACGCAAAAUUCUACACGGUUUUAACAAAGACACAGAUAUUUAGCAGCUUCAUUGUAGAAUGCAGUUUUGUGAGUGACAAAGAUACUGGACUGGCUUUCUUUGAUGACUGCGUAGAAAAGCUUUUUCCAGAGAAAGGAUCAGAAAAAGGAGAAAAGGUUGAUACGGAUUCCGCAGAGGAGACCCGAUUGAUUGAACUUGAUGAGUCGCAGAAGAGUGAACACACGGUGUUUAUAAUGCCACCAGAACCUCCCCAUGAUGAUGGGCAGGAUAGGCUACCUCGAUACAGCUAUAAAACCUUCCCCAGGCUAGACUUGAAGCUCUUUGACAGACCACAAGAGCUCAAGCUUUCCUUCAGCAGGCACUCAACUGGAGGAAACAUUUCCAAUAGUCCAGCACUUAUGGCAAAGAGGACAAAGCAGGAGAUAAAAGCAGCUCAUAAGCUUGCCAAGAAAUACUAUGCCAAUGCUUCCCAGUGGGCCAAGUGUCUCUUCAGCCAUUGCUACAGCCUAUGGUUCAUUUGUCUCCCAGCUUAUGUGAGGGUUUCCCACCCCAAAGUCAGAGCCCUGCAGCAGGCAUACGACGUUCUUAUUAAAAUGAGGAAAACUGAUGUGGAACCGCUAGAUGAAGUGUGCUAUAGGGUUGUGAUGCUGCUUUGCGGACUUUGGGGCCAUCCUGUCCUGGCUGUGAGGGCCCUCUUUGAAAUGAAAGUCGCUGGCAUAGAACCCAAUGCCAUCACAUAUGGGUACUACAACAAGGCAGUUUUGGAGAGCCCAUGGCCCAGCAGCAAUCGCAGUGGUAUAUUUCUCUGGACGAAAUUGCGAAAUGUGGUACAGAGCAUGGCACAAUUUAGGCAAUGUCUCAGAAAGUCAACGCAGGCUAUUUCAAUACCAGCUCCUCAGAUGCUCACGGCUGGAAGUGAUGGGGACACGGUGAGCCAUGAUAGUGUGACUAGUUCUAAUGAUGCUAACAGUGGGGAGCACACCUUCUUCGUCAGAGACUUAGUCAGGCUUGAUUCCAUUGCUAAUCACUCUAGCACAGGUGCUCAGUCCGACCAGGGCUAUGGUUCUAAAGAUGAGCUUGUAAAGGAGGAUGCAGAUAGUCUCCAUACAACAGAUACGCUUGUAGAAAAAGCGCUUGUUACCAAAGGUGAUGACUUAAUUGGAGAAUUUUGUGUUGCCGAUGAGUCUGCUGAAAAGCCACGCCAUCAUGCAGAACCACACAGUCCGGUUGAAGUAUCUGUCCACGCGUCAUGCAGCAUUGUCAAGAUUCCCUCUUGUGUUUUUGACAGCACUGGCAGGAAAAGCAGCAGUGGAACGGCGUCCAGUCCUCUUUUCAUAGCUCAGGAUACCGUUGAGGAUUGUGUGUUUGACAGCAACACUUCUCCCAAGAGAACCAGCGAAAAAGGGAAUAAAAAGCAGAAGCUUUUUUCAGAAAGAAGCUGCAGCUUCAGCUCUGAGAGCAGGGCCGGCAUGUUGCGGAAGAAAAGCAGCCUGGAUUUGAAUUCCAGCGAUGCAGCCAUCAUGAUGGGCGCGGAUGCAAAGAUUCUUACGGCGGCUCUAUCCGGGACCAAAACAUCACCACCGCCCCACGUAAGCAAAGCCCACAGCUUUGACACCGCAGGUGGCGGGCUGUUCUUUGACACAGACACGGCCAGGACUCGUGCGAGCGAAAAUAUUUGGGAAGCAGAGUCUGUUCUGGAGGAGCCCGAGGAAGGGCAGGAGCAGCUAGAAAACGGGCACGAUGACCCUGCGGCCAAAGCGGACAACGCCAGCCCCAAACCUCUUGAAACCGCGCAGGCGGAAACCAAAGACGCAGCGAACAAGAGGAAUAGUUUCUAUGGCGUGGCCAGGCCUGUUGAGCGAGAGGAUGUUCAGGUGGGCCUGGACCCUUUGUCUUUGCUGGCAACCGAGACCGCAGAGCCCAAAGCCGCCGAGGAGGAAGAAAAGUUGAUGUCGCCGGUCGUGGCGCGCAACCUGGCCGACGAGAUCGAAAGCUACAUGAACCUGAAAAGUCCCCUCGGCAGCAAAUCUUCCAGCAUGGAGCUCCACAGGCCGGACGGCGUGGGCCAAGAGGCGGCCUCCCCGUCCCUCCUAGGCCCUUCUCUCGAGAGGAGGUCGAGCUUGCCCUCCGAUUCCGCUCUGCCGCCAGCCCAGGUUCCGAGCGCGAGCCGGAAGAGCCCCGCCGUCUCCAGGUCCAAAACGUUCACUGGGAGACCAAAACAACUGGCCCUUUCGCGUAGCCAAAAAGAACGGUCGACAUCUUUGACGGGCUUGGGCAAAACUUCGCCGCAGGCUUCGCUGGGCGCGGUCGUCACAACUCUGUCUGGUCUGAAGCUGGACCACAUUUUAUCGGGACCUAAAAUGGACGUCCUGAAGUCUGGAAUGAAACAAGCGGCUCAUGUUGCCAGCAAAGUGUGGGGUGCUGUGUCCUCAGCAUAUAGCUAUUCAGACGAUGAGGAAGAAAGCAGCCGACCUGACUUCACCUUUGCUGCUGGCUUUGAAGAUCAUAUUCUAGGUGUCAAUCAGCCGCCCAAAAUGGGAAUCGCAGGGCUUGCCACCAGUGAACUUGCCCAGAGCACGACCAGCCUUGGAAGCAGCAACAGCAGUGGCGAUGUAGGGAGGCAGCCCUUCCAAGCAGGUGAAGUUCAGAUCCCAAGAAGUAUGAAAGGUCUGGAUUCGGAAAAGUCAGAACAUGGUUCUUCCCACAACACCAGUUUGUCCAGCAUCUUCCAAAAUUGCGCCAUGGAGGUCUUAAUGUCAAGUUGUUCCCAGUGUCGUGUAUGUGGAGCUCUAGUUUACGACGAAGAAAUCAUGGCGGGAUGGACUGCGGAUGACUCUAAUCUGAAUACUACAUGCCCAUUUUGCAAAAGCACUUUCUUACCUCUUCUUAAUGUGGAAUUUAAAGACCUGCGUGGUCUUACAAGCUUGCUUUUGAAACCGAGUACCUCUGGCGAUAGUUUGCACAGCAGCAACAUUCCAUUAACCACGGAUUCUCUGGAGCCAAAGGCUGUUUCAAGCCCCGCUACUGAUCUGAUCAGUUUUGCCGAAUCUUCAGAUAUGAACCAGACCAUCGCUGAAGAAAACAGCACCGCAGCGAAGCAAAGCGCUGGCGCUGCAGGAGGAGGGGACAGGGACCUCAAACCCCCAAGGUCCUCCGCUACAAGCAACGCCUCGCAACGAGGAGGUUCUCUGACUCGGAGCCAUAGCGUUGGUGGUCCGCUGCAAAAUAUUGAUCUCUUGCAAAGGCCGGCUCAUGGCAUCUCAACCGUCAGCCUUCCCAACAGCUUGCAAGAGGCUGCGGAUCCCUUAGCAAAAAGGGCCAAUCCUUUACCUGUGUCCGUCCCAUAUUUGAGCCCUCUGGUGCUAAGGAAAGAGCUGGAAUCUUUGUUGGAGAAUGAGGGAGAACAAGUGAUUCACACCUCCACGUUCAUCAAUCAACACCCCAUCAUUUUCUGGAACCUGGUGUGGUAUUUCCGACGCCUGGACCUCCCAAGCAACUUGCCAGGACUCAUUCUAACAUCAGAGCACUGCAAUGAAGGCGUGCAGCUUCCUCUGUCAAAUUUGUCUCAAGACAGCAAGCUAGUGUAUAUCCAACUUCUGUGGGACAAUAUCAAUCUUCACCAAGAGCCUGGGGAACCUCUGUACCUAUCUUGGAGAAACUUCAAUUCUACAGAAAAGAAACCUUCUGCGGUUUCAGAAGAGCAACAAGCAACAAUCACUUUAGCUGAGAACAUCAAACUGAGUAUUCAGAACAACGAUGUCGUGAAACCCAUCAAUCUCCUCGUGCAGAAAACUAAGCAAGAUAGGAAACGACAAAGGAGCUUUUACAGAGAAAUUCUUUUCCUGUCCCUGGUCUCACUUGGGAGAGAGAAUAUUGACAUAGAGGCCUUUGACAACGAGUACAGAGCUGCUUAUAAAACCCUUCCAGCCGAGGUGCUUGAAAAGAUGCAGAAGAUCGACGGCCCACCCAGUGUCAGCGUUGAGUGGUGCAGGAAAUACUUUGGGGCGCCUGUCAUAUAAACUCCGCAAAGACAAUGCCGCAAAGAGCAAAGGAAAGGGACAAAAUGGUGAAUGUGUUGAUUUGGAUUCAGCUAUAGCUGUUGCGUCCAAUUCAGGAAUACAUGCAGCACUCUCUUCUGUGUGACAGUCCGAUGUCCAUACCAGCCCCAAGAAUUAAGUGCAAAUAUGCUAGUGCAAAGUCACUGGCAUUUGAAUUGGCAGUUUAACCUUCCUGUGCACAUUUAGAAUGACAACAGAGACUGGCGUUUUAAUUGGCGUCUUACUUUUUAAAAAUGGAAAUGUUUUAUUUGUCUUCUAGCCCAAGAGCACACUGAUUUCUUUAAGAAUGGAUCCAUCAGUUUAAAGAGAGAUCUCUACUUGCUGCAUGUAUAUGUACAUUUUGUACAUUUUGAAUUGUGAAUUGAAAUUCUUUUCCCUUGGGUCAAAAGACCAAACUGUAGCUUUAGUUUAAAUGCCCAUCUUCUUCUCGGAAAACAAUCACUGUCUUGGACUGUAGCAAGAAUAUAGCUUUGUAGCUAUUGUAAAGCAUAGUAUCUUUCUUUUUUUUAAUAUAAUAACUACUUUAAAUAAUUCUCAAACUGUACAUACAAUGUUCUCCUAACAAUGAUGGGUUUCUACCCUGAGUGGUUUUAAAGGCAGUGGACUCUCUAUAAAGGAAAGUGGGAGUAAAUUAAUCUAGGGUACAUAUAUGGGUGGGAAAAAUUGACCACAUAUAGCAUUUGUGUAAAAGAAAGUAUAUAAUAUGUAUUUUGGGGGCAAAGCUUGAAGCUGUCAGGUGCCUCAUUCCUCGCUCAUCUUUUUAACCUGUGGGACAUUUUCUUUGCACUGUCCAAUUUAAAUACUUCUAUAUUAAAAUGUAUUUAUACUCACACACUUGAACAUAUAUGUUUACCAGGAGUGUAAAGGCUAAUUUUUAAUCUUAACUUUUUUAAAUAUCUCUGGUUAACUACCAGUUUGUUGUUGUUGGGGGGGAAUGCUUGCAUUCACAGCUCUCUUUUGACAGUUGCAUGAAUGUUUUCUGAAACAUUUAAUGACAGUUCAGAGAUGGCUAUCCUUCUCCUCACUUCAGAUCAAGAUGACAUGGUAUCUGAACAUCUCCAUUAACUACUUUUUAUGAAGCAAGUCCAUUAAGAGGGAUUGUGGAUAAUGACUAAAAAGUACACACGUAUUCUUGAUUUCUGCCCCUUGUAAUUUUUCAUACUGCGCUAGCGCUGAGCUAGAGCAGAGCAUGGCAGGAUUGUGACUCUUCCAGUAACAGCAAGAACUUUGCACUUGUCAGAAUAGUUUGGCACUUUAGACUAGACUCUCUCUUAGUGUUCACACUAAACCACAUUUCAAAAUAUAUUGCUGGGAAUGUUUUAAAUGUGAAAGCCGUCCCUUGAAAGAGCACAGUAGGCAAAUAAGUCUCCCUUAUAAUUUUCCUUCCCUGCUGCCACCACUAUUUUUUUCUGAAAUUGCAGGGGACUAGUAUCUUAAGGUUGCUUGUAGGAUGUCUGUUUUAUCCCCUUUGUCCCUUUCCCCAAUACAAUGCAUUUUUUUCAUUUACAAAUGAUUAUUAUAAAUAAAAACCCUUACAAAACACCUUUUAUGGUAUGUUAAUGUUAUGUAUGAAAUAUUGCACUUGGAACUUUUCUUGUUUUGUUUAUGCAGGCUAUUUCUUACCAUUUCAGUUUUGCCGUUUCUAAAUUACAUCUUACUGCAAAUCAACAGGAACAAUUUGCGCUAUUUAUACUAUGCAGGAAAAAAAUUCCCUAGCAGUAAUUUUUGCUAGCAGUAAUUCUUUUGCUGUAACAAAAAGCAAGUCACAUUUUAAAACCUUUUUCUGUGUUUGAACUGUUGGCGCUGCACUUCUGCUUUAACGCAGAACAGAGGAUAAGCACCAAAGACUUGAGUUCUUGCAUUACUACUCCAGCAAUGUGAGAAACCUAAUUUCCUGAAAGCAGAUGUUGGAAUGAAGGCAGCAGACUCUUCCCAUGUCGUCGAGCUGCUAAUGUUACUCUAGCUAACCAGCAUUGAAGUAACACAAAUGCUAGCUUCAAUUUAGUGCAUUUAAUGCUGUAUUUUGGACCCAUAACAAAGCUGCCGUGCUUUAAAAAAAAGUCACCUUUUUCCUUCCAACUGUCUUUAAAUUCUGGGGCUGUGUGGUACAGUUAUCUAUAAAUCUUAUUUCACUGGGGCUAAUGUCUAAGCUAAUUUCUUUAAUGCAAGCUAUUAAUUUGGCUUCCGAUAACAUGUUAAUCGCAAGUGCACUUUAGAAAACCAUCAAAGCAGCUGACAAAGAGGUAAAGAUCAGUAACAUCGUUGCUUAGGGAAAGAGCGCUAUGUGUGGCAGCUUGAGCAAUAAGGUAGUAGAAAGGAUCUUCAGAAGUGCAAGGCUUUUGCAGAAUUUAUAUCACUCACUGGCUGAUCUUAUGCAAGUUUACUGAGAAGCCCCAUAGAGUUCAAUGAAAUUGACACCCCAAAUAAGUUUGCCCAAGGAAAGCUAGUGCCAUGUGUACAGUUUGGCUCUAUGAAGUAACCAUGCAUAACUUUAACAUGAGGUUGAAUUUUAAGGGGGCAAAUGUCUUGGAAGUAAAUGGCUCAGCAGCUUAUCGACUAUACGUCAUUACUGGGAGUUAAUAGUAGCAAAUUAAUUAUAGUGCAAACAUCAUGAAACCGCCGUUCAGUUAAAGUCUCUUUUAUAGAAUAACGAAAACUAACAGAAUAACCACAAAGUUUACUUGUUUUUAUAUCCAUUUUCCCCAUCCUAUUUUUUUUUUAAAAAAAAUGGUGUACAGUAUUUAGGUUAUGGAAAUAGUUGAACACUUACGACUUCAGGCAUAUUACUCAUGAAGAUAAAGGUACCUGUGACCAUUAGGUCCAGUUGCAGACAACUUCUGGGUCAUGUGGCCAGCUUGACUAAGCCACUUCUGGUGAACCAGAGCAGCGCACGGAAACGCUGUUUACCUUCCUGCCGGAGCAGUACCUAUUUAUCUGCUUGCACUUUGACGUGCUUUCAAACUGCUAGGUGGGCAGGAGCUGGGACUGAGCAACAGGAGCUCACCCUGUCGAAGGGGAUUCGAACCGCCAAACUUCUGUCAGCAAGCCCUAGGCUCAGUGGUUUAGACCACAGCACCACCCGCGUCCCAUAUUACUCAUAGGGCUAGUUAUUUGUACUGACCAAACCAAGUAAAAUGCCACGUACUCAGUAUAAAAUUAGGUCCUCUCUUUGUUAAAACUAGUAUGGGAUGUUUCUAAAACACUAAAAGCUUACACCUAGUUUGGGGAAUUAAAGCAAGCCAGCCUACAACUUAAACUUUUGGAUACUUUUAAGCUCCAUUUUCCCCCCCAGCGCAAAAACCUGUGAAAUGCAAAAAGAUACCAUGCUUUCCCACAACCUGUGGCAGCAUAGAAGCUAAACAUUACUUAGCUACGUUUGGAAACCUUUUUAAGGUCCCUUCUGUAUUCUGGCGGUGACCAUUAUAGGUGCGUCCAGUUGGCUUGUAAUCGCAGACACGUGGGGCCUGCAAGAGAGCAGAAGGGGGCCCUUAUCCGUGCUCUGCCAAUGCACAGAGGGGCCAGGAAUAGAACCCUGCAUGAAAGGGCCACCAGCUGCACCUAACUUUUAUAGUGCUUUAGGGCAUUCCCUACAUUAAACUAGGAGAGUUGUUUGCUAGUUCUGAUCCUAUUCUGCCAUGCAAUCACUGUGCUGCAUUUUAGGGAGUUGGCAAACAGACCUUAAAACACCUAGAAUCCUGCAGAGGACAAGUAUAAAAAGGGAUUGUUUUGUCUUUAAAAGUGGCAUGAGUUGCUUUGUGGUCAAAUUUUAUAUUUUCAUAAUAAAGAUGGGAAGGUUUCAAUUACUAAUACAAUAAUGUACUGGUUUCAGAAUUUGAAUGUCAUCAAUUCACUGUGCUUUGAGCUACCUGGUAUCUUAAUAUUUUGUUAGUAAGUUUGUUUCUUAUUGACUUUUGCAUAGGUACCCUGGGUGAUUUAGAAACCACUUGUUAAAUGUUUUAUCAAAAAUAAAAGUGUACAAAUGUCUGA